UGGACUUAGUUACAAAUCUGUCGCCGGCAAUGUGGUUGUCGCACCGCUGGACUGGAACUUUAAGCUGAAGCCGAGGAAUCGGAAUCCCGUGAAAUCCCCUCAUCUCGAUCCGGAUUUGUGUCGUUUUUCUAUCAAAAGAUAAUGAGUUCGGCCAAACAUCUUAAGUCAUUGAGUGAAAAAGAGCUUGUGGAGUUCUUCGACUCAUUUGAUUUGGUUUUCUGCGAUUGCGAUGGAGUUGUUUGGUAUCCCCUGCGGGACUUCAUACCCGGCUCAGCCGAAGCCUUGGCCCAUUUGGCCCAUCUUGGCAAGCAGUUGACCUUUGUGACCAACAACAGCAUCAGCUCGGUGAAGGAGCACAUCGAGAAAUUCGAUAAACAGGGCCAACUUAAGAUUGACGAGCAUCAAAUCGUUCACCCAGCUCAAACCAUUUGCGAUCAUUUGAAGUCCAUUAACUUCCAGGGACUUAUUUAUUGUCUGGCCACGCCCCCAUUCAAGAAAGUCCUUGUGGAUGCCGGAUUUCGCCUGACCGAAGAUAGCGGUACCGGAGUCAUCACGAGCCUCAAGGAUCUGCACGAGGCCAUAUUUGGCGGCGACUCGGUGGAGGCCGUCAUCAUGGAUGUGGACUUCAACCUGUCGGCGGCCAAAAUGAUGCGCGCCCAUGUCCAACUGCAGGAUCCCAAGUGCCUUUUUCUGGCCGGAGCAGCAGAUGCCUUGAUACCCUUCGGAAAGGGCGAGAUUAUAGGACCUGGAGCCUUUAUAGAUGUAGUGACGCAGUCCGUGGGUCGUCGGCCCAUUACUCUGGGCAAGCCAGGCGAGGAUCUGCGCAGGCUUUUGCUGGAUCGCCAUCCGGAAAUCCCGCCCAGCCGCGUGCUCUUCGUGGGCGACAGUCUGGCCAGCGACAUCGGAUUCGCCCGCGCCAGUGGCUACCGCACCCUCCUCGUCCUCACGGGCGGCACCAAGUUGGAGGAUGUCCGCCAACUUCCGGCUGACCAUCCCCAGAUGCCCGACUAUCUGGUCGAUUACCUGGGGCAGAUGGCCCCCAAUGAAAAGCCGCAAUCGAGUAAUUCUGACUCGACGCAUUCAACUUGAUAGGCUUUCAAGUGUUUGAUUUGGUUGUUGAUAUACUAUUUAUAUUAAACAACUUACCGGCAAGUGAACGUUGUUGUUGUUGUUGGCAAACAGGCAGAAACAAAAAGUGUUUUAGAUUUCAACCCAAUCUCUCUUUAGUUCUAAGUAAUCUUGUUUUGUUUGCUUAAAGUGAGUUCUAUUUUGAUAACGAAUAAAGUGGGGUGUUGUGUUAGUAUGGCUAUUAUAUAUACAUAAAUAUGGAUGGUUAAAAAAAAAAAACAAUACUUUCACCAUUAAAUGUGCGUACCCAAACGCAAUAAAACUAUUCCAAACAAAAAAAUUAAUUUCGCUAGAAUAAAUCAGCUUAAAAUCUAAGUUGGACCACCUUAAGAUACAUUUAAUGGAUACAUAUAUGCCUGAAAUCGCUUGCUCACACCUGUUACACAAAUUACAAGUGUAGUUUCUUUGCUCUAGUAUCAACAAUAUAUCAUCAUUAUUUGAUAUCAUUAAAAACACAUUUCCCGGAAUCCUCAAGUUAUAAAUAUUUAUUAUGGUUUUCUUUGUUUAGAGUGAGCUAUGUAUAUUUUAGGUAAUGCUAUUCGACUCCAGUAUAUAUGUACAUUAGGGUGGUUUUUUUUGUAUGAAAAAAUCGAAGGCCCAACUCUCACUCCCUUAUAUUUUGCGCUUUGGUGCAUUUAAAAAAGAAAAAACGUAUUACUCUUAUACUGGUUUACGUGGCGUAUGAGUAAUUCUUAUGGAAACUUUGAGAACAUUGCGCAAGGCCUUAAACCUAAUUUAAAAUAGUUUGGAUAUUAAUUAAAUAUAUUUUGCUCCAAUAUCUACCAUUUAAAAGGUUGAGGGUAAAAUUCCUUAUAAA